UGGUCAUUAUUUACUGUAUUUUACAGACAGAGAGUUACAGGACUCUCUCCCAGACCACAGACUCAUACUCAUAAUACAAGUCAGAGCUUUAUAAAAAAAAAAAAAGAAAGUUGUGUUUUCAAAAUUGAAGUUCAAGUUAUUUUUUACUUCCAAUAGUGUUAACAUACUACACAGGUCAUGAACAGGAUUUUUUUUUCAUUGUAAGUGGGCUAAAGCAGUUAAUUAAAAGUAGUCUAACAUAAAUGUAAAUGCUGUAAUUUGGUUAUUUUAAUAAACCAUGUAACUUGGAUGGAUUCGAUGCUGGCGUGACAACAGUGCACACGUCUGCUGUUGCUCACAGUGGUCCAAGGGACCGCUCAGGGAGUUUGUGUGUUCGCUCAGACACAUGAAAAAUUAGAGGGAACAUUGCCUGUAGCCAAACUGAACUGUGUUUUUACUGUGAUCAAGUAGAACUAGACCACUGACAAUUAAUAUCUUAAACAACCUUAACAUUAGAAAGAAAAUUCGUCAGGGUCAGUCAGCACUCUGUGUCAUCACUGUUUCACAUAUAAACUCACUCAUUGAACUUUCACCAAGUUCCAGCACUGGCAAAAGAUGAGAUAAAAUGAGAAAUGUACUGAAUGGGACAAUUUGUUUCCUGUCCUGAACUGUAAGUGGUUCUCAAUGUGCAUCUCUAUAGAAUAUGUUAAAGGGCUUUUGCAGCUUGCGACACAGGGUUAUUUACAGCAGAGCAACAGUGUUCAGUAAACUGUAUCUGAUACAUACAAAGUGUAUAUAUGAGACUCUAAGUUACAACAACACACUCAGUUUCGUGUAACCUGUGUCCAAGCCUUCUGAAUCAUUAACUAUUGGCUGAAUUAUUUACAGUUGUACUGCCUCACACACCAGCAUAAUGGAUGGAAUAUCACGUAUGUGUUUGUGAUAGGAAAUGCGGAUUCAUUCGAAGAAGAAGAAUAUUGUUGUGGCAGUGCUGCUUGUCAUUGGGGGAUUAUACUUCAUUAACCAUUCGGACUUCCUCCUGGCUGUCUUUGCAAGGUCACCUGAAAUAGUUCUUAAUGAGUUAACAUGGCAAGCAGACAGGCCGGUUAGUAUGGAGUCCUGGAUUGACCAGGCAGAUUAUCUGAGUUUCAAUGUGUCCUAUCAGCUGCUUGCUGGAGUGCUGCCUACUCAACAGAAGUAUUUAUCUGUUGGAUUAUCCUCAGUAAAGAGGAAGAAGGGCAGCUACCUGGUCCCCACAUUGAAAUCCAUCUUCUCCCAGUCGUCUCCUGAGGAGCGCUCCUCCAUGGUGGUGGUAGUGCUGCUAGCAGAUUUCGACGUCAGCUGGAGAGUCGACACUGUGAAGGAGAUCAAAUCGGCUUUUGCCUCUGAGUUGGAACAAGGCCACCUUUUGGUCAUCCAUGUUCCCCAGGACUGGUACCCUCCUAUUACAGGUCUGAAGAGGAAUUUCAACGAUGCUCCCGAAAGGGUAACGUUCCGCUCCAAGCAGAACCUGGAUUAUUCCUUCCUGAUCCACUACUGUGCAGGUCUUGGACGGUAUUACCUCCAGCUAGAGGAUGAUGUGUUCUCUGCAAAAAACUUCCUCACAACCAUUAAAAAGCGAGUUGAGGAGCAAGAAGGAAAGAAGGGCACCUGGGCAACGUUGGAAUUCUCUGCCCUCGGCUAUAUUGGUAAACUCUACAAAUCAGCCCAUCUUCCUCUUCUGGCUCGCUUCCUCUUCAUCUUUUACCAGGAAAUGCCCUGUGACUGGUUGAUGACUCACUUCCGGGAGGUGAUGACUCAAAAGGAGACCAUCCUUUUCAAACCCUCGCUGUUUCAACACAUGGGAACUUUCUCCUCAUUUCAAGGCACAUACAAUAAGCUGAAAGACAAGGAUUUUGAGGAGGAUGUCUAUACCAAUCCAUCAGCUGAAGUUUACUCUGACAUGUCCACCUAUCAGAAGCACUUCCCCAAGCUGGCCUGGGAUGCUGGCGAAGGAUUCUUCUGGGGCCGCACCCCAGAAAAAGGAAAUUACCUGACUGUAGUGUUUACUGAACCUACUGUGGUGACAGGGAUAUUUGUAGAAACAGGGUCAGGAGGCAAAGACAUCCUGGAGUCAGGUGAGGUGGAGAUGGGUCACAAUGUGGUGGCCACAGACAAAGUGAAGAGUUGUACAGAGUUUGAGUCAGUGGGAGCAUUUGAGAAUGGAAAGUUUAAAAUGCAGGAGAUGGAUAAAAAGUACAGCUCAGCCUCUUCGUGUCUGAAGAUAAAGGUCACAGCUACUCAGAAGGACUGGUUGAUCAUUACGAAAAUCAGAAUCACCACAAAGCUGACUGUACCUCAUCAAUAGACGUAGAUGUUAGUUCUUCCUGGCAGAUUGAAAACUAUUUUGAUCAAAAUCUGCCAAACUGAACUUGGGACUUGUGUGCCUUGUUAAAAUGUUUUAUUUAUCAAACAUCAACUAAGUGCUCUAAGCAAAUUGUCACUUUGAAGCAAGUUUGACCAAACUUUGUGAUGACAUGUUGUCUCUUCACAGAAUCAAAGAGCUAUAAGCAGACAACCAACUCCAUGUGUUGUAUGUAUGUAUUGUUAAUGCAUUUGGGUAAUUGCAUUGUGUGUGAAACUGCACUCAUCAUUAAUUCAUUGUUUUAAAAUGAAGACGAGAGAAAAUCCACGUGCUUAUUAUGAAACCUAUUGACUGUAGGUUGAAACCUACGGUCAAUAGGUGGUCAAUGCUUGUGAUGGCUGGCUGACAUAUUACUUGUUUGUCUUCCCUCACCAGUAUCAGGCCUGCUAUGGCCUUUCGCACCAGCAGCCUGAUUCAAACCUCAGGCCAGAUCUAUAAAUAGUGUACGUCUGUCACAUGUUACAACAGCUACACAGAGGGGAUAAAAGAUGCCGGGUCCCAUUUGCAGUCUGAUCUUUCUUUCUUUUCUUUUCUUUUUUUUAAAUAGGAAUUUUUGCUUUCUUAAAUACCUCAGCUCCUUUUUCCAAUAAGUACAUAUGUUUUUAUUUGAUUCCGGGGGGUGCACUAUAAAGGGUAAUGGGUUAACAAGGUAUGUUGAGUUUUCAGUAUCACAAAAGCAGUACACUGGGUUCUUUCUGUUGGCUCACAGGAUUAAAAGUCUGGGUUCAAAUGUGCCAACUGAAAGUUUUAUUUGGAGUUUACAUGUUCUCCUUGUGUCUGUGUAGGUUCUCUUUGGGCACCGUAGCUUCCUCCUACAGUCCAAAGACAUGCACGUUAGGUUAACUGGUGGUUGUAAAUUGGCUGCAGGUGUGAAUGUGAGCAUGAGUCAUCGACCAUUUUUCUGUUGGUCUUGUGAUGGACUGGUAACCAGCUCAGGUGACUCUUGGCUUCAGGCUCCCAUGCCCAAAUCUAAAUCUGAUAAGCAGUUAAGAGGAUGGAUGGAUCCCUUGACUAGAUUAAAUUUAUACUGCACAUCUAACUUGCUUCAGACCAGUUUACACUCUUUCGCAUUAAACUGGGCUGAAAAAAGCAUGCCAAAGUAUCCUUGGGUAAGAUACUGAAUCCUGAUGUAUUCAUCUGAUUGUGAGUGUGUGUGAAUGUUACAUAGAAAGCGCUUCAACACUGAUGUAUAAAUGGGUGAAUGAGACAUCUUGUAUAAAGUGCUCAAGUAGAGUAGAUAAGCGCUACAUAAGAACUAGUCCAUUUACCAUUCUGCAUGCAGUUAGCCACUGUGGCAACCUGUUGUGAAUAACAGAGCAGACAAUCUCUCUCUGAGAGAAAGUGUCCAUCCAUUAGCCACCUGUUGAACAGCAUGUUUUUAACACAGCCCAACAAAGAUAUGCACUGAAGACACAAAGGUAUGUCUUUCCACUGAAACCUGCAUUCAUUCAGCUAAUUAGACAAAUCUGUUCCACUUUUAGAAUAUAUAACAGAUAAUAAUCAGUGAGAUUAAUUUCACUUUGAUUUGGCUAAAAACUAAAUUUCUGCAUCUACUUCUUUGUAGGGCAGUAAUUAAAGUUUAUAGUGUAAAAAGUAGAUUAAAAAUAUUCUGUGAGAAUGCCCCUCUUGCCUUUUUUUUUUUUUUUUUUUCUUGGCACUGCCAAUUUUCCUUUCAUGGUCUCAUGCCCUGCUUCUGGAUUGAAUUAUCAAGUAUCCAAUCAACCCAUUUCAUGCAAUAAAUGAACACAUACCCUGUCUUCUGGGAGCACCCACAGAUUCCAAAUUAAUACAGUCUGGAUUAACAAAGAAAGAGGAUAAACACCACAGUAUUUGCCAAAACUCUGGCUUCAUCCGUUUAUGGUUUGAUAUAGUGGGAGACAAAAAUGGGCUGCUUACAAUUUCCCAAUGAUUAGCUUUAUAAAACAGAACCCAGUGUAUACAAAGCUUUACAAAUGUGACAGAAUAAAGCUGCAAAAUGCUGCUGAACCUAUCACAAAGUCUGACAGUACACUGAACACUUGUAAUGUUACUAACCAACAGCGUGUGUGAGAGAACAAUGCCUUUUAUUCUUCUCCAUCAUUCAGUAAUGCUGGAACUCAUUACACUGGUCAGCUGACGGAACAAUAAGAGAUUCUUGAUUGGAGUGUCAACUUGACAAAAAAAUUUCAGAUUAGAGGUAAAAGGCACAGGAGAAGUGAAGGGCUGAUGUAGUGGGCAGUUUGAGUGCAAUCAGUAACAUUUGAGGCAACACCAAUAACAUUUCCUUGUAUUACCAUAUUUUUCCUUUCCAUAAUUCACAUGCUGAAAAUGGAUUCAUUACAACUGGUCAACACUACUAUUGUUCAGGUGUAUUUAUUUUUAUAGGUUUCUGUCAUUUUCUGAUGCACUGAGAAAUAAAGGACUGUUCACAGGU